GGCAAUCGGAAAGGUAGAUUCGAACGGGGAUCCGCAGAACUCGCCGGGGGGGAAAAUAAUGAAAAAGAAAUAAAAAGGUUGGUGUCCUGAAGCGCUCCUGCUUCCCCUUUCCUCUGCUCCCCCAUAGCGCUGAGGAAAAAAUGUACCAAGGGUUUUGUGAUGGUGAGUUUAACUCUAGGACAUGCACACUCCUGUACAGAAGUUCUUCGGAUAAGCAACCGUCAAUUAUUUUCUUCACUUUCUGCGCCUACAGAAGCUGUACUGAGGGAAAUAGCUGUUUUGAGUUCAGCUUGGGCAGAAAAGGGAAAAGAGAAUGCUUCACGUUAAUCGAUGUCAGCAUCUGAAACUAAUAACCCAGACUUUCAUUUCGGCUAAGCAUUUUAAAACGGAAAAACAUCUCAAGUUGCUUCUUCGAAGAACUUUUUCGGUUGCAGAACUAAGGAAGUCAUGGCUCUGGACCCGCUCUCUGGUUGCAGACAAAAACAUUAUCCUGAUGGGACCGCCUGGUGCUGGGAAAACAACAGUGGGCAGAAUAGUAGGUCAGAAACUAGGCUGUUGUGUCAUAGAUGUGGAUGAUGAUGUCCUUGAAAAAACCUGGAAUAUGAGUGUGUCCAAAAAAUUGCAGGAUGUUGGUAAUGAGCAAUUUUUAGAAGAGGAAGGAAAGGCCCUGUUAAAGUUCUCUGCAUCUGGAAGCGUGAUUUCCCUUUCUGGGUCCAAUCCAUUGCAUGCUGCUAGCAUGCAGCACUUGAAGAGAAAUGGGAUUGUGGUCUACCUGGAUGUUCCUGCCAACGAUAUAAUUGAUCGCCUGAAACUGAUGAAGGUUGAUCGAAUCGUGGGUCAGAAUUUGGGGGCAUCCAUGAGAGAGAUACUUGAGUUUCGGAAAACGUUCUACAAAAAGUGGUAUGAUACCCGAGUGUUUUGUGAAGCUGGGGCUUCCCCAGAGGCAGUGGCCAGCAAAGUGCUCCUGGCAGUCAAGAGGUAUUUAGAUUUACAUUCAGAAACGUUCAUCUCAACGAGGGACAUUUGGUCAGAAGGUGGCAAACAGAAAGGGUCCCCGAAAUACUUUAGCGAUGCUAUUGUUGAAGGAUUAGCUUCCGAUGGGGGGCUCUUUGUUCCCAAGAACGGGCUUCCAAAGUUGAGCUGGGGAGAGUGGGAAAGCUUAGUAGGUGCAACUUAUAUAGAAAGAGCCCAGGUAAUAAUGGAAAGGUGCAUCCACCCUGCUGACAUACCUGCUUUCAAGUUGGGGGAAAUGAUCGAAACCGCAUAUGGAGAGAACUUUACCUGCUCGAAAAUUGCCCCCAUCCGGCACCUUUCAGGCAACCAAUUCAUCCAGGAGUUGUUUCAUGGGCCCACAGGAUCAUUUAAGGAUUUGUCUUUACAGCUGAUGCCUCAGUUGUUCGCAUACUGUAUUCCCCGAAGUUGCAAUUAUCUGAUCCUCGUAGCCACUUCUGGAGACACGGGGAGUGCAGUGUUAGAUGGUUUUAGUCGUCUCAAUGGCAACGACAAGCAAAGAGUAGCUGUGGUGACUUUGUUUCCAGAGAAAGGAAUAAGUAACAUCCAGAAAAAACAAAUCAUUGGCAGCCAGGGAGGAAACAGCAGGGCCCUGGGUGUCAGGUCAGACUUUGAUUUUUGCCAGGCAGCUGUAAAAAGAAUUUUUAAUGAUUCUGAUUUUACUGGCUUUCUCACUGUGGAAUAUGGCACGGCCUUAAGUUCAGCUAAUUCUAUAAAUUGGGGCCGGCUGCUUCCCCAGAUAAUUUAUCAUGCCUCUGCUUAUCUUGAUCUUGUUAGUCAAAGAUUUAUGCCCUUUGGAAGCCCCGUAGAUGUCUGUAUCCCCACAGGGAACUUUGGCAAUAUUCUGGCGGCAGUCUAUGCCAAGAUGAUGGGGAUCCCGAUUCGAAAGUUCAUUUGUGCUUCUAAUCAAAACCAUGUUUUAACUGAUUUUAUAAGAACUGGGCAUUAUGACCUAAGGGGGAGAAACCUGUUGCCAUCCCUUUCGCCAUCAAUAGAUAUUCUAAAGCCUUCAAACCUGGAACGACACUUACACCAGGUAGCUAAUAAAGAUGGACACCUGAUGACGAAGUUAUUCGGUCAGCUAGAGAACCAGCAGCACUUUGAAAUGGGAAAGGAUCUCUUUGAGAAGCUCCAGCAGGACUUCCUCGCUGGCUGGUGCUCUGAGGAGGACUGUCUUGCAGCUAUCAACACUACAUACCACUCCUCAGGGUAUAUUUUGGAUCCCCACACUGCUGUUGCUAAGGUAGUUGCAGAUCGACUGCAAGACAAAACCUGCCCAGUGAUCCUAGCAUCUACAGCUCAUUACUCAAAGUUUGCACCUGCUAUCUUGCAGGCUUUAAAGAUUGAAGAAAUAGACCAGAGCCCAUCCAGUCAGCUUCACCUUCUUGGUUCUUACAGAGCUCUACCUCCACCUCAUGGGGCCCUAUUAGGGAAGAUGAAACAGACAGGGAAGCAGAUAUAUCAGGUCUGUGCAGCUGAUGUGAAUAUCAUCAUGGAUCAUGUUGAAACCAUAAUCCAAAACCAGUUCAUGAAAUGAAAAAUUUCCAAGUAGUGUGGUAUUUGGUGUUUUUAUUGAUUCUGCAAAUUAUUUUAGAAGUUUGGGUUGUAUAUAAGUUUACACUACUGGCUUCUUUCCCUACUGAGUUUUUUUCCCCCCUCAUUUGGGCAUCAAACACAUUGUGCUGUAAUUGGAACUACGUUGGCGAUCGGAAUUUCCAAGCUUUGCAAGAUCUGUUACAUCAACUGUACCCGUAGGUACCUCUGUGUAUUUUUCUUUGUCUAUCCAAUUAUUCCACUAUUUGAUCUUGAUAUAUUUGCACUCUUUUCUUGUUGUAUCCUUAUUCUCCUUCCUGUGCCCUAUUUGUAAAUCAUUUUGUUCUCUCCACCCCAUUUCGAUUGUAAACUCAUGGAAGAAAGGGAUUCUAUCUUUUGUUCUUGUACUUUCCCAAGCACGUAGCACACUGUUUCACACAGCAGACACUCAAUAAAUACCAUUGUAAAUCUU